CUAAACCUUCUUGGGUGGCCUUCAGAGUGGAACAGAAUAAACAUCAGAAGGCAAAGUCCAGGGCGCCAUUAAGUACUGAGUCUAGUUUGAAGGAAUUGUCAGGAACAGCAAAUUUGUUGACCACAAGUGGCUCAGAGCAGACCCAGAAACCAGUGCCCCCUCCUGGAGAAGCAAGUACUUCCGGACAGCACCCUAGAUCGAAAUUGGACCUCAGGAGAAAGCAGAUCGAAGUGAAGAUGUAUAGCUUACGAGAGAGGAAGUGUCGUGUCUACCAAGAGAUCAGCGAGCCCCAGGACGAUGACUACCUCUAUUGUGAGAAGUGUCAGAACUUCUUCAUUGACAGCUGUGCUGUGCAUGGGCCUCCUACAUUUGUAAAAGACAGUGCCGUGGACAAGGGGCAUGCCAACCGCUCAGCCCUCACUCUGCCCCCUGGGUUGAGAAUCGGACCAUCAGGCAUCCCUGAGGCUGGGCUUGGAGUGUGGAAUGAGGAAUGUGAUCUGCCCGUGGGCCUGCACUUUGGCCCUUAUGAGGGUCAGAUCACAGAAGAUGAAGCCACAGCCAACAGUGGCUACUCCUGGCUGAUCACCAAAGGGAGAAACUGCUAUGAGUAUGUGGACGGAAAGGAUACAUCUCAGGCCAACUGGAUGAGGUACGUGAACUGCGCCCGGGAUGACGAAGAGCAGAACCUGGUGGCCUUUCAAUAUCACAGGCAGAUUUUCUACCGAACCUGCCGGGUCGUGAGGAGGGGCUGUGAGCUGCUGGUCUGGUAUGGAGAAGAGUAUGGCCAAGAGCUGGGCAUCAAGUGGGGCAGCAAGUGGAAGACAGAGCUUGUGGCCGGGAGAGUCUCAGUACAGAGGCAGAACCAAAGCCAGAGAUCCACCCAUGUCCCUCCUGCUCUGUGGCCUUCUCCAGUCAGACAUUCCUCAGCCAACAUGUGAAACGCAAUCACCCCUCUAAGAUUCUGCCAGGAGCACCUGCAGGAAAACACCUCCAGUCAGAGGAACCCGGCCCAGAGGGUCAGAAUCAGCAGCAGCAGCAACAUCCUGGUCCACAUGGCUGGAAUGACAAAGCUGAAGGUCAAGAGGUCAAAGGAACGUCCAAACCUUUGCUUAAAAGGAUCAGGCACAGGGGAACUUCAAGGGCCUCUUUCAAGCCUCCCAACAGACAAACAGGGAGCUCCAGUGAGCGAGAGAGAAUAA